CGCGGGAUUCUCUCAGGAGCUCCUCCCUCCGCCCUGAUUGGGUGCAGGGCCUGCCCCGCCUUAUAGUCUCAGGCUCCCGCUGGCUUGGGGCGGAGUCCGCGGGUAGAGGAUGGGAGUUUAAGGCCCGGGAUUGCUGGAGGGCAGGCGGCCACAGUCUAGGGGCGGCACGGUGUCGACUUGCAACCCAGCUGAGCGGAGAGGCGCCACCUGGGAGGCGCUGAGAGUAUGAGGCUCUGGCCUCCACUGGCCACUGGCUCGUGACCCUUCCACCACGGCGGGGCCUUCCAAGCCAACCUCCUGCCGUGUGGUGAUCUACCUGCAGCGGGAGAUGUCGGGGGAUACCUGUCUGUGCCCAGCGUCAGGGGCCAAGCCCAAGCUAAGCGGCUUCAAGGGAGGAGGCUUGGGCAACAAAUACGUCCAGCUCAAUGUGGGUGGUUCCUUGUACUACACCACCGUGCGGGCGCUAACCCGGCAUGACACCAUGCUCAAGGCCAUGUUCAGUGGGCGCAUGGAGGUGCUGACCGACAAAGAAGGCUGGAUCCUCAUAGACCGAUGUGGAAAGCACUUUGGCACCAUUUUGAAUUACCUCCGAGAUGACACCAUCAUCCUCCCUCAAAACCGGCAAGAAAUCAAGGAACUGAUGGCUGAAGCAAAAUAUUACCUCAUUCAGGGGCUGGUGAACAUGUGCCAGACUGCCCUGCAGGACAAGAAGGACUCCUACCAGCCUGUGUGCAACGUCCCCGUCAUCACAUCCCUGAAAGAAGAGGAGAGGCUCAUCGAAUCCUCCACCAAGCCCGUGGUGAAGCUGCUAUACAACAGAAGCAACAACAAGUAUUCCUACACCAGCAACUCCGAUGACCACCUGCUGAAAAACAUUGAGCUGUUCGACAAGCUCUCCCUGCGCUUCAACGGCCGUGUGCUCUUCAUCAAGGAUGUCAUCGGCGACGAGAUCUGCUGCUGGUCCUUCUACGGGCAGGGUCGGAAGCUGGCGGAGGUGUGCUGCACCUCCAUCGUGUACGCCACCGAGAAGAAGCAGACCAAGGUGGAAUUCCCAGAGGCCCGAAUCUAUGAGGAGACACUCAACGUUCUACUCUACGAGACCCCCCGAGUCCCUGACAACUCCCUAUUGGAAGCCACCAGCCGGAACCGCAGCCAGGCGUCCCCCAGUGAAGACGAGGAAACCUUUGAACUGAGGGACCGUGUCCGCCGCAUCCACGUCAAGCGUUACAGCACUUACGACGACCGGCAGCUGGGCCACCAGUCUGCCCAUCGCGACUGACAAGACCCUCCCGGAGUCAGGGCACGAGAUUCCCUGUCUCCUCUCUUGUGGAACCUCGCCCCAUUGGCCACCCCACGCUGCUGCUGGCUUGGGUCUCUGCUCCAGCACCCAGAGGCAUGACACGCCCUGCCUGGAAGCACAGAGGGCCUGAGCUGGGGCGGGACUGUUUCUUUUCCCAGCUCCCUGAGCACUUCAGGAUGCCUGAGUCCCAGCCUCUUUGCUCAGCAGCUCCCUUCCUGCCACAGGGAGCCGCUGCUGCCCCUGGGCUGAAUGGACUGACCUGCCCACCCCCCUGCCAAGAGCAUUCCCCUUGGCCCUUUGCUGAGCACCCCUUUGCUCUGCUGAAGGGCUACUUUAGGCCUCAGGGGAGGCCCAUGGGGAAUGGGUUCACUCUGGGGAAGGUGGCUUCUGGUGCUGUGGAGGCCCAAUUUCUUACAGAAGGUGGGGCUUCUUUUUUCCUAAGGUGUUUAAGCACAGGCUUAAUGAGUUUGGUUUUUAAAAAAUAAUCUAGGAAAUGACUAGUUUUAAGUCUAAUAAUGAGGAGACUGGGUAUUUCUGCUCCAGGGUUCCAAAACCCUGGGUAAAACAGAACCCUUGGCCCUUUUGAUGCCUUUGGGGUCUGUUUUUGUAAAGCACUUUGUACUUUUAUUCAGGAGAUUUGUAUUCUGCCCUGACUCACGUCAUCCUUCUCUGAUCCUAAACCCCUUUUCCCUGUAGAAUCAAUCUGAGGGAGGGGAAAGAAGCAAUAAAAAAGAAAACUGACCAUCUUUGGCUUUGCCAAACUGGCCAAGCAGCUGGCCCAGAGA